AUGUCGCGCGAAGCAACAACGAAUAGCUUCGCGUCGUUUGGCUCCGACUUCGACCCUGAGCACGAGGCGCUCGCGUCCACCAAGGAGCUCGGUCAUGGUAGCCCCCGACUUCCGUCCAUGCACACCAACGCCAGGAAGCGCCACGAGUACGAGGAAGAAGAGCCCGACUACGCUUUCAACACAUCCACCUUCGAGCAAUAUCUACCAGAUUUCUCCCCGGUCGGCACAUCCGAAGAGGAAGAAGAGGCCGACAACGACGACAGCAUCUCCAUUGAGGCCGGCCGAGGCCCGACAAAACCUCCCCGUCGAUUGGACGACUCGAGAAACUCCUACAUGAGCAUCGAAAACAGCGUUCGCUCGUCGUCACCCGCCGUCAGACUCGAUUAUCCUACUUCUAAUACCCCUCAGAAGUCUGCUCUGCGGAACCCGGCACGAAGAGCGGUCAGCGAUAGUCUCCGAAAGGAUGCACAAAUCAGACGCGCCAGCCUUGCCCAUAAGGAGAACGUUGAUCCCCACACAGCCAAGUCGAACCGCAAAGAGCGACGAACGCUGUCAGACAUGCACGCAAAGGUUCGCGAUACUUAUGAAGGAUCCCUAAUCGAGGACGAAAGGCCUCCGGUCAUGGCCAACAGUACGCGUCCGACACGUUUUGGAAACCCCAACCUCUCUCAUCAGAUUGCCGAUGCGGUGGAGAAGGCUUCUCAGGAGGCUUACGCUCGCGAACUCCGUCGCGGAAAGUCCAGUAACAGCUCUCGCAAUAUGGCCAACAAUGCAGGUGAUACGGCUACUCAGCAGUCAUUCCUACUACCGGAUCUUCCCAACUUGUCAGAGUUGGUCUCGGGCGUCUAUGAAGACGGCACGCCCGUGUAUGCGCGUCAGAACAGAGCACGGACGACGCGCUUUGUCUCCCCUCCGCAUGAUGCUACUGAUGUUUCUUUGACUCGCGAACACAUGCCGCUGGAUGCUGUCCCCAUUCCGGAAGAUGAAAAGGCACUCUUCGUUUCAUUGAGACUCUUGCAGGACAAGGUUGCAGAAUUGGAGAGGUCCAAGUCUGACGCCGAACGGAGGAUGGAUGAUAUGAAGCGGGAGAAUGAAGCGCUGAGGGCAAACAAGCGCUCAAAGGAUAAGCAUGGUCGCAGCCGACCUUACGAAUCCGACGAGGAUGACUACCGAAGAGAUCAGCUUGCCAACGAGAACCAAAAACUAGAUGCCGCCAAUCUGGCUUUGCAGAACAAACUCGACAUUAUCGAAAGAAAGGCCCAAAUUCAGGAAUCGACUUUAAAGCGGCUGAACCGAGAACGAGACAUGGCAGUCUCUCAAUUGGGAGUUGCAUAUCUGGAGAGCCAAGACCUCAAGAGCGAGAAUGAGAGUCUGCGCCAGGAGAAUGCAGACUUGAAGUCGCAGAUAUCGAAGAUCUUGUCCGCGGGCUCCAGAGCACGUGAGGACACAGUCGAGUCAGAGCAGUCUUCUAUGACUGAUGCAAGCGAUGAGGAUAGCCAAAUUGAUACGCAGCAUAGCAAGCAUACGAGCCGAAGCACCCGCGAAGUCACUGGCAAGAGCUCGCGAUCCAAGUCUAGACGUCAGGAAGAUUCGCGCGCCAAGAUCUCGACGCAGGUCGAUAAGGAAAUUUCCCGGCUUGAAAAGGAGCGUGCAGAAGAGGCACUGUUUUCGAUCGACGUUCCCCAGACCAGGGAAAAGUCCAAGUCGAGAUCAGGAAAGUCCAAGAGCCGGUCGGAGAGCAGUGAUGUGAGCACCAGGAAGCAGUCCAACACUGGCAAACAGCGCGUCAAGAGAGUGGUUGUCGAAGAGGUAGAGGAGACUGAGCCUGUUGAAUCGAGUGGGGAAGUCACUGGAAACACCAAGAAAUCCAAUGCAACGGAGCAGGACUUGACCCUGCUGAGCUUCGUUGAUGAACGUGAAAUUGCUCAACUACGGAAGACGCUGGAAGAGGAACGUCUGGCUCGGAAACGGCGGCAGUCGAGUACAAGCAAAGAGCAGACUGCAAACGAGACCGGAAACACGACCAGGCAGAGCCUGGCUAAGUCGACGAUUCCCAGAAAGUCUUCCCUCAAAGAAAGUAAGGGGUUGCCAUCUAGACCCGCCUCGGCCAUGGGUGACUUGACCGCCAACUCCAAGGCUAGCAUGACUGAAGGAGAAAGUAACUUGUCGGUGCCUGUCGAACGCCCCAGACGGCAUUCGGACAACUCCGGGGCCGCUGCUUCUCAGCGACGCCGGCGGAGGAUGGCCGAAGAGAUGACCUCGGCCUUUAUCUUGCCUGAUAUUACGUUCAACCCCGCGCAUCUGGUCGAGAACAAUCUUUCAAAGCUUCCUGAACCUGCUCAGCGUGCACUUGACAGUGCCACUAAGCACAAUGGGAAAAACUGCACGGUCUGCAAGCAGUCCAUUCCAGGUGCCUCUUGUGAACAUACUGCAGAGGCAGUGAAGAUUCCGAAGCCCGUUCCCGUUUCGGAGCGUAUGCCCGAGCCGUCCGUCUACAAUGAGGAGCCUACCAUGCGCCCCGCGCAAUCGCCAGAGCUUGCCCUCGCGACCGUGCUCAAGGCUUUGGAAGAUGAGCUGGCCCACCUGAAGAUGCAGCUGGUAGCAUACCAGGGCUCGUACAACAAGCUGGAUGCCUCGCUGAGCAAGCGACAGAGGAAGUCUGUGGGCGAGAAGAUCGAGAAGCUGUUGAAGGAUAUCGACAUGAAGGCCGACCAGAUUUAUGCGCUGUACGACGUCCUUGAAGGUCAGAAGCAGAAUGGCCGUGAGAUGACGGAGCAGGAGAUGGAAGUGACUCUUCAGUCGAUUGGAAUUGAUACGGCAGGACGGACAGCAGACGUCACCGCCACCACGGACAAGUCCUCUCGCAAGGAACCGGACUCGGAAGACGAUGAUGAGCUCCCUUGGGAGGGGUUUGAAAGUACUCUGGAGAUGACGGGCAGGACUGGUGGAAGCCGUCGCAACUAG